CAGCGUGUACCGGAUGGAUCUGCCAGCAACCGAGAGCUUGAACACACGGGAAUGUUGGCAGUGGUGAACGAUGGGCUUCGAAGAGGUGGCAAAACAGCUCUGGACAUUUAAGAACUGCAGAACGGAUCACUGUGUCUGAAAUCUCGCUGCGUUAAAAUGGGAAUCGACCGGAGACACCGGGCGUCUCUCGCUCUUACUCUCAACUUUAUCGCCCUGGUCUUCUGUGUCACCGCCUUCAGUACCAGCUACUGGUGUGAAGGGACCAGGAAAGUGGUGAAACCGUUCUGUAAAACCAACUUAAAGGAAAAGCAGAACAACUGUAUCGAGUAUAACAGUCCGGACAGUAACGACAGCAGCGUGGUCCAAUACAGUUGGGAAACCGGCGAUGAUAAGUAUGUGAUCUGUUAUUUCCACGCUGGCAUCUGGUUCUCCUGCGAAGAAAACAUCAGUGGACAAGGGGAAAAAUGCAGAAGUUUCAUUCAUCUGACGCCACCUGCUGAACGAGGCGUCCUCUGGUUGUCCAUUGUGGCUGAAAUCCUUUAUAUUCUCUUGCUGGUUGUUGGCCUCAGCCUCAUGUGUAUAGAGAUCUGCCACUAUACAAAUGUGAUCGAUGGGUUAAAGCUGAACGCCUUUGCUGCUAUCUUUACAGUUCUAUCAGGUCUCCUGGGAAUGGUAGCCCACAUGAUGUAUACGACUGUGUUUCAGAUGACCGUCAACCUCGGCCCUGAAGACUGGAGACCACAGACCUGGGAUUAUGGGUGGUCAUACUGUCUAGCCUGGGGAUCGUUUACGUGCUGUAUGGCUGCGUCAGUGACAACAAUAAACACUUACACAAAGACGAUCCUCGAGUUCAAGCACAAAAGGAAGAACUUGGAGAGAAGCUUAAAAACAAAGCCCAAACUGAUCGAGCAUGAAGUGCCAGCAGAACGAGUCUGGGACAGGUACAUUAGCUCGGUGCCCAGCUCCACAGAGGAGUUCCUCGACCUUUCCAGUAACGGGCGCAAGAUGUCCAGUGGCUCCGUCUUUGCAGAUCUGAAUGACAUCCUGGAGGCACAGGGUGAAGAAUACUGUUGA